GAAAUAGCAUAUGGACAAAGGAAACGCCUAAUUAUAAAGUUUCCACCAUUACCUAUGGAUUGUGGUGUAGAGUUCUUGGAUUCGAGCCAAGAAAAUUCUAUUGAGAGCCCAUUGGCCUGCCGAUGCGAGUAACACCGGUUGUGAAAAAAAAAAAAAGUUUCCACCAUUCACUUCCACUUCGAACUUCUCUUGUAUUUUUGUUUCUUCUAUUUCCCGGUUCAACGAGAGCCUCUACCAGAUGCUUCCAAAAUUGUUAGGGACACAUAUUUUUGUUUUAGUAACUUUUUAAAAGGGCAUCUUCUCCUACGUAAGCCAUGACACUAGCAGUUCCAACAUUGUUGUUGUUACUUGUUUGUACCCUUUUCGAUUCUCUGUUGGACACUACUUUUUUCCCUUUUAAUCAAUUUCUUCAUUUCCACUAUUUUUGUCUUCAUAUAUUGCAACUGGCGGCAGAUGCUCAUUUUCCUAUCCGCCGAAUUCAGUGUUUUCAGUUGGAGAGGUGACAACAUCUGAGUGGAUUACUAAUCCAUGUAGGAGUGGUUUACUUUCACGCAUUAAAUUUGUCACGCAGAACUGCGAGCAAUUCUCGGUUGAUUGAAAAUGAUGAAGUUUUGAAUAUGCAAAGACCUUAGUGCACUCCAGAUUAUUGCAUGGAGGACCGCUAUUUAUAGCUAACCAUACUUGCUUGGGAUUGAGACGUGUUGUUUCUAUUGUACAAUUCAGUGGACCUCUAUUGUGGUGAAAUUUUGGUAGAGUAGUAACAGAAAAUGAGUUUCGAUGUACUAGUUUGGUAUUGCAAGCCGGUGGCAAAUGGGAUAUGGGCCAAAGAAACUGACAGCUCUUUUGGUGCUUAUACACCUUGUGCUAUUGAAUCAGCUGAUUGCAUAUCUAGUGUGGUUCUCUUUUUUUUGUGUGCGUAUCGCUUAUGGCUGGUCAGGAUGGAUCACAAAGUUCGCAGAUUCCAGUUAAGGUCGAAAUACUACAAUUACAUAUUGAUCCUCUUGGGAAGUUGUUGUGCUGCUGAGCCCUUGCUCAGAUUGUUUAUGGGCAUUUCAAUCUUCAAUCUGGAUCCAGAAACUGACCUUGCUCCUUUUGAGAUGGUUUCUUUGAGCAUUGAGGCACUUGCUUGGAUUUCCAUUAUUGUUAUGAAUCUAGUGGAAACUAAUGUGUAUAUCAAAGAGUUCCGAUGGUACGUCAGAUUCGGAGUAAUCUAUGUUUUGGUAGGUGAACUUGUGAUCCUCAAAUUCGUUGUUUCAAUGCAGAGUUUCUACUCAAGGUUUACACUGUACAUCUAUUACAGUUCAGUCAUCUAUCAGAUUUUAUUUGGGUCCCUGCUUCUUGUCCAUCUUCCUCAUUUGUGUCCUUUCCCUGGCUAUGUUCCAUUAAGGAGUGAGUUCAUUGAUGAUAAUAAUGGUGAAACAAUCCUUGGAGCAGACCAUAUUUGCCCUGAGAGAUAUGCAAGCAUUUUGUCAAGGAUCUCUUUUGGAUGGAUAACUCCCCUCUUGCGACGAGGCUAUCACAGACCAAUUACGGAAAAGGAUGUUUGGAAGUUAGACUCAUGGGAUAAGACAGAGACAUUGAGUGCAAGAUUCCAAAGAUGUUGGGCUGAAGAAUGUCGGAGGAAAAAACCAUGGCUUCUACGUGCUUUGAAUUGCAGUCUUGGAGGCAGGUUCUGGUAUGGAGGUCUCUUCAAAGUUGGUAGUGAUCUUUGUCAGUUUGUGGGACCACUGCUGCUUAAUCGUCUCUUAGAGGACAAGGUCUCGGGGAGGAUGAUUGGCAGUGAUAGAGAGUCUGACGGUCUCUAUUUUCUUAAAGAUGGCGGCAAUUUAACUUUGGAACGCGGCGAUCCAGCUUGGAUUGGCCACUUAUAUGCUUUUCUGAUUUUUGUUGGGGUGUCAUUUGGAGUACUAUGUGAAGCUCAGUACUUUCAGAAUGUCAUGCGUGUUGGUUUCAGGAUGAGAUCAACUCUGGUUGCAGCCAUAUUCCGCAAAUCUGUGAGAUUAACACAUGAGGACCGUAAGCAGUUUCCAUCUGGAAAAAUUACAAAUAUGAUCACAACAGAUGCUAAUGCACUUCAGCAAGUAUGCCAGCAGCUUCAUGUUUUAUGGUCAGCUCCAUUUCGGAUUGUCAUUGCCAUGGUUCUUCUUUACCAGCAACUAGGUCUGGCUUCACUUCUGGGUGGUCUUAUGCUAGUAUUGAUGAUCCCAAUGCAGCUGGUCUCUAAAACAUAUGUGUUUAUCCUUUCGGCGCAGACAAUUAUCGUUUGCUAUAUGCGAAAACUAUCCAAAGAAGGAUUGCAGUAUACUGACAAAAGGGUUGGUCUAACUAAUGAAAUACUUGCUGCAAUGGAUGUAGUGAAAUGUUAUGCAUGGGAGAAGAGCUUCCAAUCUAACAUCCAAGGAAUGAGGAAUGGUGAACUUUCUUGGUUCAGGAAAGCACAGCUGUUGGCAGCGUUCAACAAUUUCAUGCUGAACAGCAUCCCCGUUCUCGUGACAGUGAUUUCAUUUGGAAGUUUCACUUUGCUUGGUGGAAAUUUGACAGCUGCCAGAGCUUUUUCAUCACUUUCUCUCUUUGCAAUUCUGAGGUUCCCUUUGAACAUGCUUCCAAACAUAAUAACUCAGGUUGUAAAUUCAAAUGUAUCAUUGCAACGAAUGGAGGAGUUGUUCUUAGCUGAAGAGAGAGUGCUCUUACCUAAUCCACCACUUGAGCCUGGGCUUCCUGCGAUUUCGAUCAGGGACGGAUUCUUUUUAUGGGAUUCUAAGUCUGAGCAUCCCACUUUGUCAAAUAUUAAUUUGGAUAUACCAGUUGGUGAGCUAGUUGCAAUUGUGGGUGGGACUGGAGAAGGAAAGUCGUCUCUGAUUUCAGCAAUUCUUGGGGAGCUUCCUCCCUUAGGCAAUGCAAAUGUCACUAUCAGAGGUUCUAUUGCAUAUGUUCCUCAAGUUUCCUGGAUCUUCAAUGCCACUGUACGUGAAAAUAUAUUAUUUGGUUCCAACUUUGAACCAACAAGAUAUUGGAAGGCAAUAGAUGUCACUGCAUUGGACCACGAUCUUGAGUUACUUCCAGGUCGGGACCUUACAGAAAUCGGUGAAAAAGGAGUGAAUAUUAGUGGAGGACAAAAACAAAGAGUGUCAAUGGCUAGGGCUGUCUACAAAAAUUCCGAUGUCUAUAUAUUUGAUGAUCCCUUUAGUGCUCUUGAUGCACAUGUGGCCCAUCAGGUUCUUAAAAACUGUAUAAAGGAAGAAUUGCAAGGAAAGACUAGGGUGCUUGUGACAAAUCAGCUGCAUUUUCUACCUCUGAUGGAUCGGAUCAUUUUGGUCUCUGAAGGAAUGGUGAAAGAGGAUGGGACCUUUGAGGAGCUUUUGGAACAUGGCACACUUUUUCCAAAGCUAAUGGAAAAUGCUGGGAAAAUGGAAAGUCAUGUUGUCGAAACUGAAUAUGACUCAAACUUUGACAAUGAGUGUUCACAAUCUCCGAACAUAAGGCAUGAGCUCCAAAAAGAUGUAACCUCCAUAACCAAAAUGAGGGCUGGUAAAUCUGUUCUUAUCAGGCAGGAAGAGCGGGAAACUGGUAUUGUCAACUGGAAUGUUUUGAUUAGGUACAAAGAUGCUUUGGGAGGCUUGUGGGUUGUCCUGAUACUGUGUGUCUGCUACACAUUGACUGAAAUCCUUCGAGUUCUUAGUAGCACCUGGCUAAGUGUCUGGACAAAAGCAAGUUCCUCAAAGAGCAAUGGAGCUGGAUUUUAUAUUUUGGUGUAUGCUACUUUGUCGUUCAGUCAGGUGAUUGUAACGCUGGCAAAUUCCUUCUGGCUGAUUAUCUCAAGCCUCAAUGCAGCUAAAAGGAUUCAUGACUCCAUGCUGCAUUCAAUACUUCGAGCACCAAUGGUAUUCUUCCACACUAAUCCAUCUGGACGCAUAAUCAACAGAUUUGCAAAGGAUCUUGGAGAUAUUGAUCGCAAUGUGGCAAAUAUUGGUAAUGUGUGUCUCAGCCAAUUGUGGCAGCUGCUCUCGACUUUUGUUCUGAUUGGAGCCGUCAGCACUAUAUCUUUGUGGGCCAUAAUGCCGCUUCUAAUUCUAUUUUAUGCUGCCUAUUUAUAUUAUCAGAAUACCUCCCGCGAAGUGAAACGUCUAGAUUCCAUUACCAGGUCCCCUGUGUAUGCACAGUUUGGAGAAGCUGUAAAUGGUUUAUCAACCAUCCGUGCAUAUAAAGCACAUGACCAUUUAGCUGCCAUUAAUGGGAAAUCUAUGGACAACAAUGUCAGAUUCACUCUUGCCAACACAAGUACAAACCGCUGGCUUACCAUAAGGCUUGAAACACUAGGAGGCAUAAUGAUCUGGUUGACUGCAACUUUUGCUGUUUUACAGAAUGGGAGAGCAGAUGACAAGGUUGCGGUUGCUGCUACUGUGGGUCUUCUCCUAAGUUAUUCUUUGAAUAUUACUACCUUACUCAGCAAUACUCUGAGACAAGCAAGUAGAGCUGAAAAUAGUUUAAAUGCCGUUGAGCGUGUUGGUACAUAUAUAGAUUUGCCAUCAGAGGCUCAAAAUGUUAUUAGCAGCCGGCCUCCUCCAGAUUGGCCAUCAUUAGGGUUCAUCAAAUUUGAGGAUGUGGUCCUACGUUACAGACCUGGACUUCCUCCUGUCUUGCAUGGUUUGUCGCUCGAAAUUUCUUCAGGUCAGAAAGUUGGCAUUGUUGGAAGAACUGGUGCUGGAAAAUCGAGUAUGCUUAAUGCUUUAUUUCGAAUUGUGGAGCUUGAAAGAGGGAGAAUAUUGAUUGAUGAUUGUGAUGUUGCUAAUAUUGAACUGACAGAUCUUCGAAGUGCUCUCAGUAUCAUACCCCAAUCGCCAGUUCUUUUCUCUGGUACUGUACGAUUUAAUCUUGAUCCUUUUAGCGAACACAAUGAUGCUGACUUAUGGGAGGCAUUAGAGCGGGCACACUUGAAGGAUGUCAUAUGCAGGAAUGCCUUCGGUCUAGAUGCUGAGGUUUCAGAAGGUGGCGAGAACUUUAGUGUUGGACAGAGACAACUUUUAAGUCUGGCUCGAGCAAUACUGCGAAGGUCAAAGAUCCUUGUUCUUGACGAAGCCACAGCAGCUGUUGAUGUUAGAACUGAUGCACUUAUUCAGAGAACCAUAAGAGAAGAAUUCAAAACGUGUACAAUGCUCAUUAUUGCUCACCGUCUAAGUACCAUAAUUGACACUAAUUGUAUCCUAGUGCUUGAUGCUGGGAAGGUUGUUGAGUAUGAUACUCCACAGAACCUCCUGCUUAGCGAAAGAAGUGUUUUCUCUGAGACCGUUCAGAGCACAGGGGCUGCGAAUGCCCAGUAUUUACGUAACUUAGUACUUAACAAAGAGAGAGAUGGCAUGUUCAUGGAAGAAGAACGCAUGCAUAUAUAAAUAGGAUGAGUAGAUGGAAGGUACCUUCCCAGUGGAAUGACAAAGGAGGCAGUGGUACAUCUGAAGGAUGUUUUGUGGGGAAAACAUGAGUUAUUGAAGUGAUAAAUUAAGUUGCUCUAAGGUUCCUAGAGAAAGAUUGUGGCCAUCUUUCCUUCAUUUUAUUGAAGGUACAAUUUUUCAUUUGCGUCUGCACUUCUCAUUUCCCCCAAUUUCACCAUAUUACUCCUAACUUGGUUGGUUCCUCUCAUUUCGCAAAAACAUAAAUGAACUCCAAGCCUAUACAAUAUAGAAACCAUGCUGUGACUUGAGAUGUGGUUUUCUAUUUCUGAGAUAGACCUCUAUUUCCACUAGAAUUGAUACUUGGAACAUGAAAAGAAAAUGUAAGUUUGCAGUUCUGCUGGUCUUAUUGAGCAUGCAUUCCGCACCCUCGACUGGAGUGAUACAGAAAUGCAACGUCAUCAUUCCUUCAGUUGAAGUUACUGUUGCAUAAUCGCAAUAGUUUUUCCUCAUUGGUGUUUAUUCUCAUUAAUUUAUGCCUCUCAAAAGACUAGAAGUAAAUCAAAAUUCAGUAUGACAAAGUUCAUGCUUCUGUCUUGGUUCUGGUCUUGAUGUGAUGAGCAGGUCGACACAGGACAAAGUUCCUCAUCUUGGAGAUUGUUUGGAAGAGGGAUCAGAAUCCUGAUGAAAUGUAGCGACAUUUUUUCCAGUUUUUUUUUCUCUAUUUCCAUAUCGUAUUUUAUUACACUGGAAUACAGCCUUCUAUUUCCAUAUCAAAUUGGGAUAUAUUAGUUCAGCUCACAGCAAGGAAAGGAUUUUGGUGAAGAUAAUUUAUGUAGCUACCUUUCUUUGAGAAAGAUCAAAGAGAGGCCAAGAGAUACUAAUUAAUACCAUCAUUAUCUGUAUAUUUUGUCAGAUUUUUUUCUUGCCAACCUUUAAUGAAAAACUUCCUUAAAUAAUAUCCAAAUAUUUGAAAAAAUAUUUGGAGUUUUUUGAUA